GAAGACGGGAAAAUAUUUUGUCUGAGAAACGCUUACUGUGGACUAAAAACAUGGUGACCAUUUUAGCAGGAAAGUGGAUUCUCCGGUCUGUUCUCCUCCUAUUGUGCUGUUUACUGUGUGAAGCUGGAGACGAGACGGUCACACUGCAGGAACUGGAAGGAACCACUUUAACUCUCCAUACUGGGAUAACUGGGAUUAAGAGUAAUGCUCAUAUUCUGUGGAAGUAUGGACCUGAGAAAGCAGAGGAAACGAUAUUGAACAGUGUUGUGGCUAAUGGAACAGUUUAUACAGAAAUCAAAGAGAGAUUUAAAGACCGAUUGCAGCUGGACAGAAGCAGUGGAGCUUUAACCAUCAGGAACAUCAGCAGAAAUGAUUCUGGAGUUUAUUCAUUCCACAUCAUCAAUGGACUUCUCCCACUUAGGACUCUCAUUGUCAGUGUUUAUGCUCCAGUAUCAACUCCAGUAAUAAUAAAUGAAAGAGGAAAGCGAAGUGUGAAUGACACAGAGACAUGUUUCCUCCUGUGUUCUGUGGAGAAUGGAGAAGAUGUGAAGUUAUCCUGGUACAGAGAGAAUGAGAGAAUCUCCAUCACCAAUAACACAGAUCUCAGUGUUCCCCUCAAUCUCCCACUUCAAAUACACCACAAUGACACUAACACUUACAUCUGUGUGUCUGCAAACCCUGUCAGCCAUAAAACAACUUCUCUCAUCAUCACACAGCUCUGUGACGUCUCAGAUGAUUCUUCCUCUUCACUGCUUAUUGCUCUGAUAUCUGUUGGACUUAUUCUGUUAUUUAUUAUGAUAAUAUCUUUGGGGAUUUGGCUGAAAAAGAAAAAAACACAAGAAAAACCUGAGGAACCGACUUCCUCUGAUGUAAAUAGUACAGCUCACAGUGCAGAGAGAGAAAAAGAGGAAGAAAACUCCACAGUAACGGAUGCUGAAGUAGAGAGAGACUCUGUGGUGGAUUCAGACGUGAGGAGCCGCAGCCUGCAUUCUUCUAAUGGUGGACAUGAAGGAAUCCUGAACUGAUGUCCAGAAGAGUUUGGAGAAAUUGCAUAAGAGAAAGAUCUGAUCCGUGUCUUCAGAAUGGCUUUCACAAAAGGAACAGGGGACAAUUUCUAUAUUAAAUUUCUGAUUUAGGAAUUUGUAAGAAGGAUAAAUCUCAUUCAAGAUUUUGAAGUGUAUUUCUUUAGCUUUAGGAGGAACAGGAAAUUUUAAAUAAGCUGUUCUAAGAUAAAUCACAGUAUUCUUCUCAAACAUAUGAUCUGUUUUGUUUCUUUUAAUUUGACAGGGGUAACAGGUUUUUAAAAUGACCUGUCUUAUAUAUUUAUUAGAACAACUAUCACUUUUAAAUUGCAUAUCUCCAAUAUAUAAUGCUGGAAGAACAGGUUUAACUUCAGUAUAAGAAAGAUGGCAUCUCAUCAGCAUUUUUAUUCCAGAAGGUAUUGCAUUAACAACAGUGAAAAACUCUUUCGGGUGAAGGGCAAAGCCAUGUUUCAAAGCAUUAUAGUCUAAAAUGUUACCCUGUUCAUCCAUUAGAUCUCUCACUGACCAUAUAUUCCUGUUUAACCAAUUCCUAUAGCAUAAAGACCUGUUCUUGUGCAAUAUAUAUUUGUUGUACCAAAUUAAAGCAUUAUGAGGUGUAAAAUUGUGUAUGUGGCAAUUUCCAAAAUAAGAGUACUUGUUGGUGGAAUGUUGAUAGUUUCACUGGGAGUUUGCAUACAUCAAAAUCACAUUUGAGAAAAAAUUGAAUUCCACCAAAUUCUUGAAACAAAGCUGAUGGAACUGUAAACCAAAAACUCUUUACAAAAAAAAAUCUUCUUUACAUAGAAACAUUUUUAACCAUUAAAGUUUUAACAAAAUA